AUGAACAGAGGAAGAGGUGGAUUUAGAGGUGGCCGUGGUGGUAGAACCGGACCAUCUCAAUUUCAACAAGGACCACCAGAUACCGUUUUAGAAAUGGGUAGCUUUAUGCAAUCUUGUGAGGGAGAUAUUGUUUGUCGCUCCAUAAAUGUUAAAAUUCCAUAUUUCAAUGCUCCAAUCUACUUGGAGAACAAGACACAAGUCGGUAAGGUUGAUGAAAUUUUGGGACCUGUCAACGAAGUUUUUUUCACUAUUAAGCCAUCUGAAGGUGUUCAAGCCGAUUCUUUCAAGGACGGUGACAAAUUUUACAUUGGACCAGAUAAAUUAUUGCCAUUAGAAAGAUUCUUGCCUAAGCCAAAGGAAUUCGGUACCAAGCCAAAGAAGAAGUCUGCCGGUGGUGGUGGCCGUGGUGGAUUUGGUGGCCGUGGUGGAGCUAGAGGAGGCCGUGGAGGCUUCGGUGGCCGUGGUGGUGGCCGUGGAGGAUUCGGAGACC